CUCUUCCUCCUUCUUCUUCCUUAUUCAACUCACAACCACGUCAACCAUGGCAGACCCACCUAAGGAGAACCGCCGUGAUGAUGAGGAGGACGCCGGAGCUGCUUUCGUCCUCGAGUCCAAAGGUCAAUGGUGGCACGCCGGUUUUCACUUAACGACGGCGAUCGUUGGGCCAACCAUAUUGUCGCUGCCGUACGUGUUCAGAGGAUUGGGUUGGGGGCUUGGGUUCUUUUGCCUUACGGUGAUGGGUGUCGUCACCUUCUACUCUUAUUACCUUAUGUCCAAAGUUCUUGAUCAUUGCGAGAAAUCCGGUCGCCGCCACAUCCGUUUCCGGGAACUUGCCGCCGACGUCUUAGGGUCAGGAUGGAUGUUCUAUUUUGUAAUAUUUAUCCAAACUGCAAUCAACACCGGAGUUGGCGUAGGGGCUAUCUUACUUGCGGCCGAUUGCCUUGAGAUCAUGUACUCCAAUAUCUCACCUCAUGGUUCCCUGAAAUUGUACGAGUUCAUAGCAAUGGUGACAGUGGUAAUGAUAGGUUUAUCUCAGCUUCCCACUUUCCAUUCCCUGCGAUACAUCAACUUGUGCUCGCUGCUUCUCAGCCUGGGCUACACUAUCCUGGUGGUUGGUGCAUGUAUUCAUGCAGGAACAUCAAAAAAUGCCCCUCCAAGGGACUAUUCCUUAGAAACUAAGAAGUCAACAAGGGCAUUCAGUGCCUUCACUUCCAUCUCCAUACUUGCAUCAAUAUUUGGAAAUGGCAUAUUACCUGAGAUACAAGCAACACUAGCACCACCUGCCACUGGGAAGAUGGCAAAAGGCCUUGCUAUGUGUUAUGUUGUUAUAUUUGUGACUUUCUACUCAACAGCAGUUUCUGGAUAUUGGGUAUUUGGAAACAAGUCCAACUCAAAUAUUUUAAAGAGUCUGCUACCAGAUGAUGGACCUUCUUUGGCUCCAACUUGGGUCCUUGGACUUGCCAUCAUCUUUGUUCUUCUUCAGCUCUUAGCAAUUGGCCAGGUUUAUUCUCAAGUUGCUUAUGAGAUAAUGGAGAAGAAAUCAGCUGAUGUUAAGCAGGGGAUGUUUUCAAAAAGAAAUCUAGUUCCUCGCCUAAUUCUUCGAACAAUUUACAUGAUAUUGUGUGGGGUUUUGGCAGCCAUGCUGCCAUUUUUUGGAGACAUUAAUGGUGUGGUUGGUGCUAUUGGCUUCAUCCCUCUGGAUUUCGUUCUGCCCAUGCUUCUAUACAAUAUGACAUACAAGCCUCCAAAAUCAUCCUUUACUUAUUUGAUCAACAUCUCAAUUAUGGUGGUCUUCACGGGUGCAGGAAUUAUGGGUGCAUUCUCUUCCGUAAGGAAAUUGGUUCUUGAUGCCAACCAAUUUAAGCUAUUUAGCAGUAAUGUUGUGGAUUAAGCCAAUGCCUGCAUGAAUCAUGAUUGCAAGCAUGUAAAGUAUAUGGGGAUAUGGAAUAGCACACCACAUAAACGUUAUUUCAAUUUUGUAAAACGGGAGACAGCAGAAAGAUAAAAGCACCG